AAUUUUGACAGAUGCGGGUUCUUUUCAAACUGUCAACAUGGCGGAUCAAAAUGAAAGGGCUUUUCAACGCCAACCCACUAUAUUUUUAAAUCAUAAAAAAGGCGCAGGAGCGAAGAAGAAGAAAUCUUUACGCUAUCAUAAAGAAGUUGGAUUAGGAUUUAAAACACCAAGAGAGACCGAAAAAGCGUUCCAAAAGCAACCCACCGUUUUUCAAAACCGAAAACUAGGCAAAAAAAAGAAGUCUUUGCGGUUAUCAAGAAAUGUGGGGCUAGGGUUUAAAACACCACGGGAGGCUAUUGAUGGUACAUAUAUUGACAAGAAAUGUCCAUUCACUGGCAAUGUCUCAAUCCGUGGGCGAAUCUUAACUGGUGUGGUACAGAAAAUGAAAAUGCAACGGACAAUUGUUAUCCGUCGUGACUACCUGCAUUAUAUUAGGAAAUAUAAUCGUUUUGAGAAAAGACAUCGUAAUAUGUCAGUACAUUUAUCACCAUGCUUCAGGGAUGUGGAAAUUGGAGAUGUAGUGACGAUUGGAGAAUGCAGACCACUUUCAAAAACAGUUAGAUUUAAUGUACUAAAAGUUACAAAGAGCAGUAGCUCAAAGAAAAGUUUCAAAAAGUUCUGAAUACAUAAACAUAUGUAAUAAAUAUUUUUA